AUAAAAUAAUAAUAAAAGAAGAAGAAAAAUUUGGGGGCAGCGCGAGUAGGAGUAGUAGUGUGUGCAAGUAAGUCGCCACGCUGAGCCGAGACCGAGUUUACACUUCGGAGUAGCCACCCUUACCCCAACCUCCUCUCUACUUUCUCUUCUCAAUUUCUCACUGUAUUUUGUUGGUGUGCAGAGAAAAUCAUGGUAGACCCUGCAGAACGUAGGUACUUGGAGGAUGAGGAUUCAUCAAUCAUGAAAACUAUUAAGGGUGCAACAACUGGUUUAGUUGCUGGUACUAUCUGGGGUACUGUAGUUGCCACCUGGUAUGAUGUCCCUCGUGUUGAGAGAAAUGUUGCCCUUCCAGGGCUGAUAAGAACUUUCAAGAUGAUGGGCAACCAUGGUUUGACCUUUGCUGCCAUAGGAGGAGUCUAUAUAGGUGUGGAGCAGUUGGUGCAGAACUAUAGGAUGAAGAGGGAUUUAGUCAACGGAGCUGUUGGUGGAUUUGUUGCUGGUGCAACUAUUCUGGGUUACAAAGGAAGGAGCAUAUCAACUGCAAUUUCUGCAGGAUCAGCAUUGGCAUUCACAUCUGCUGUUCUUGAUUUCGGUGGUCAGACAAUAAAACAUGAUACUGGGAAGGAGUACGCUGCUUACACUACAAAGAAAAGAUCAAGUCCUGAUGCAUAAUUAUUAAUUUAUGCACCCGUAUGACCGAAGACAUUUCAAGUUGAUAGGAAAGAGUGGAUAACUCUUUGUUGAGCCAGUUGUUUGUUUUGAGUUGGAAUUACAUACUCGGCUGUCUUUCCAUAUUGUUUCUUUUGUAAGUUGUUGAUGCUGAAGUGGUUAAAUUCCAAUAAAUAUGCUAUUAUGGUGUUAAUUUAAAUUUUACAUAUUAGUCCUCCAUAACCAUAGAUUAGUAAUAGUCGAUGUUCUUCCUGAUGAAGUGAUGAGAUUGAAAACCAAGAAGUUGAAACAUCUAGUAGAGCUUUGUUUUAUAGCUUCUGUAUUCUCAACACAAUAUGAAUCAUGAACGAUAAUCUUAAGCUUUAAGAUACGUGUACUGCACCCAACGAUGAUGGUAACUAGUUUUUGCCCUUCAACCAUUCAAUAUAGGAAGUAAUAGAAAUGGUAUGUAGAGACCUCGAGCUGAUUCAUAGUGCAAAUUCUCUCAUCAUUGCAUUUAAGCUGGUGAUGAACUCUAACAUUGCUCAGGAGAGAGAUAUAUUUCAAGGUUUUUCGUU